GCGGCUCCUGAAGGCCGCAGCAGACGGUUCGGCCGCAGCAGAACAUGGAGGAGUUUCCAUCCAAACAAGCCACCGAGAACCUCGACGACCCGCCAAACAGCCGCCUGUUCGUGGUCACCAGCCGCUCCAUCACCGAGGAUGAGCUGCGGGAGAGCUUCUCCGGGUUCGGGGACAUUCAGGGGGUCUGGGUCGUCAAAGACAAGCAGACCAAGGAGUCCAAAGGAAUCUCGUACGUCAAGUUCUCCAAGUCGUCUCAGGCCUGUCUGGCCAUGGAGGAGAUGCACGGAAAGGUUCUGGUGGAGGGGACGAAGCCCAUCAAGGUGUUCAUCGCUCAGUCACGCUCGUCUACGAGACACCGAGACGUCGAGGAUGAAGAACUGACCAGAAUCUUCGUCAUGAUCCCCAAAACCUUCUCAGAGGAGGAUCUCAAAAACACGUUCAAGGAAUAUGGAGAUAUUGAAUAUUGUGUCAUCAUCAAAAAUAAGUUCACGGGAGAAAGUAAAGGACUCGGCUACGUGAGGUACUACAAACCCUCCCAAGCUGCAAACGCAAUAGAAAACUGCGACAAAACCUACAGGGCGAUUCUGGCCGAACCUCGAACCAAAGCUACAGUCACAGAAGAUUACAGCGGUGGAGGAGGAGGUGGAGGAAGAGGAGGAGGAGGAGGAGGAGGAGGUGGAGAUUAUCUCAUUGGAGGCGACAACAUGAACCAGUACUCCUUCCCAAUGGCCGACCCCGGUAACUACCAGGUGAUGGAUUACCGCUCCGGCGACUUCACGCGAUGCCUGAUGAUAUCGACUCGCGCCGCUCUGACCCAGGAGCAGAUCUUCGCUCUGUUCGACCUGAUUCCCGGGAUGGAGUACUGCGAGCUGCAGAGAGACGCCUACGGGAUGAGCAAAGGUCACGCUUUGAUUCGCUACAGUAAUCUGGGAUCAGCAGUUUACGCCAAGGAGAAGCUCAACGGCUUCGAGUAUCCACCUGGAAACAGACUGGCAGUAAAUUUCGUGGACGACGGAGAAGAUCGCAGCAGCCCUGUCGGUCGGAUGGCCAUGCAGUUUGUUGCAGCUCAGAUGAUGUCUGCGGUGUGGAACGGACCUUCCACCAGCCAAGUGAUGAAACCUCCUAACUUCCCUGCCGUCUCCCAGAUGUCUCGGAUUCAGACCGACGUCAGUCUGCCGCCGCUGAAGAAGCUCGCUCCGCCCGACAGCAAGGCCAAGGAGCGCUUGUUUGUGGUGUUCAGUCCGUCGCCGCUGCCGCCGGACGUGUUGGAGGACGUGUUCUGCCGCUACGGUUCCCUCAUCGAGGUCCAUUUGGUUCCAGGAAGGAAAGUCGGAUACAUGAAGUACGCAGACAAACAGUGUGCCGAUGACGCCAUGGCGGCGCUCCACGGCCGCGUUGUCAACGGGGUGAAGAUGAAGGUGAUGCUGGCGGAUCCUCCCAGAGAGGAGUCGCACAAACGCCCUCGGACCUACUAGGACCGAGCCGAGCGAUGUCCAGAUGUCUAGAUGUCCAGAGUUUCAUUUAUGUCUACGUAGAAAGUGAGGAACCAAGUCAUCCAGCUCUGUGUAGCUCCGCCCCUUCACUGCUUCCAGGUGAACCAAUCAGAACGAGCAGCUGCAUCUCAGUCCAACAGGUUUAUUUACUUUCUCCAGCUGCUUCUGCUAAACUCUAAAAUGUCUGAAACUCGAGGAAAACUUGCCAAAUGUUCUGCUGUAAGAGUGAACACAAGAGUCCUCGUGAACUCAAACUUGGCGAAAAUGACCCAAAGAAUUUACCAAAAUGACUCAAAACUAGUCCAAAACUGAUCAAAGUAAGUUCAAAAUUACUCCAAAUUUGCCCAGAAGACUCAAAACACAUUGAAAAUGAAUCAAAAUAUGUUCAAAAUAACUUUGAAACUUGAAUUUGAAAACUCUGAACUAUCUGAGCCAUGAGCAAAACUCCCCAAAUAUUCUGCUGUUGGUGGCAAGAGUGAACACGAGAGUCUUCAUGCACUCAAACUCGGAGAAAAUGACCUGAAAAGUUGUACAAAGUGCCUAAAAAGUCGUUCAAAAUGACUCCAAACCUGUUCAAAAUGAAUUAAAAUAAGGUUAAUGUGAAUCAACAUUAAUCCAGACUGACUCAAAAAAACCGCAAAGUUCAGAGUGAACACAAGAGUCUUGAUGCACUGCCAGCAUCUGAGGAACUGA